UGGCCACUUCUCCUUACUGUUCUCUAACUCCUUGUCUUUCUUUAUAUUAGUCUCAAUCAAUAACUCAGAAUAUUUCUGAAGCUACAAUAGUAACCAAAUUAUCACUCAGAAUAUUUCUGAAGCUACAAUAGUAACCAAAGUAUCAUAUUCUUGAGACAAAACUGGCUAGUAAGCUCAUGAUCUUAGCUUAAUUAUCAUCAAAUAUAGCUAUGAAUAAUACAACCAUGUUCAACAGCGUGCAAUGGAUUCGAACUCGCGAUUUUUGGAAAUCGAGCCUAAUAGCAGCUUCAAGAACAGCAUUAGCUUGUGUUAUAGUAGGAUGCAUUACUCUAUAUGGUCCAAACUCAGUAAAAAAACAAGUUACAUUCCCUGCAUUUUCUUAUGUAGCUAUGAUACUUAUUGUCACCAAUGCCACCUUAGGCGACACCAUUCGAGGCCUUUGGCUAGCGUUUUACGCGACGCUACAAACUGUUUGUCCGGCCAUCUUGUGCCUUUGGAUGAUGGGCGGACCUACUAGCCUCUCUGUUGUAUCGACAUCCGUUGUGUUGGCUAUUGCAGCUUUCUUUAUUGCGUUCCCUCAAUCAACUCAUGCUGUGGCUAAGAGAAUUGCUUUAGGCCAACUUGUGAUUAUUUAUGUUAUUGGUUAUAUCAAUGCUCAUCAACUUGAUGCUGUCAUGCAUCCUAUGCGUGUUGCUGCUAGUACUGCUGUUGGUGCUUUCGCUUGUUUUUUGGCCUUGUUGCUUCCAUAUCCUCACCUUGCUUCAUCUCAGGUGAAAGAAAACAGCAAAUUAUUUGCAGAGAACGCGUCAGAGAGGCUAAAGUUGUUUGUGAAAGCAUUUUGUGCUGAAGAUAUUACAACUUCACAAGCAUUGAUCUCUCAAGCCAAAAGCUUAGCUGGUAAAGCUAGGAAAUAUCUUCAAUGUAUCAAAUCCAAACAAGAAAGCAUGCAUUGGGAGAGGUUUUUCAUUCAGUAUCUUAGAAACUAUUGUAAGAAUCCAGGGGAUAGAUUUCAAGAACUUGAGACACCAUUAAGAGGGAUGGAAAUCGCGCUAAUGAACGCGCGAGUUCCUGUUUCAAUACUUGAUCAACGGGUGAAAGAUGGGAUGGACAUAACACAAGGAGAAAUCAGCCAAAAUCUAUAUCAACUUAGGAGUCAUAUGCCUUGUGAAACACUAACUUUCCCUGAAUCAGGUGAAGGACAAGUUAUGAACUUCCUUCAAAAACUUGAAACACUUCCAUCAAAUGAGUCAAAUUUACCCUCUUAUUUCUUCUUCUUUUGUAUGAAACUAUUACACUCUCAAUCUAGAGCCAUGACUAUUCCUCAAAAUUCACCAAAACUUGACCAAAAAACCUUAAAAAAACAACCAUAUGACAAGACUAUAGAACACCAAAAUGGGUUUUCUUUUAAAUUGGUUUGGGCUAACUGGCCCACUUCACUCUUCAAGGAAAGACUUAUCAUUGCACUUAGAUGCUCGCUAUCGUUGGGCUUUGCCGUGUUAUUUGGGCUUUAUUAUAGUAAGCCCAAUGGGUUCUGGUCAGGCCUACCUGUAGCUGUGAGUUUUGCAGCAGCUAGAGAGGCUACUUUUAAGGUUGCCAAUGUUAAGUUCCAAGGAACAGUUAUUGGCAAUGUAUAUGGAGUUUUAGGCUGUUUUAUUUUCGAAAGAUUUGUACAAAUAAGGUUCAUAGCACUUAUACCUUGGUUCAUUUUCACCAGUUUUCUUCAACAGAGCAAAAUGUAUGGGCAAGCAGGGGCAGUUUCUGCAGUUAUUGGUGCAAUUCUGAUAUUAGGCCGAAGAAAUUUUGGUCCACCAUCUGAUUUUGCCAUAGCAAGAAUUGUGGAAACUUUCAUUGGUUUAUCUUGCUCAAUUGUUAUUGAUCUAUUGUUACAUCCUACUAGAGGUGCAACACUAGGGAAAGUUCAACUAGCCAAAACACUCGGCGCGCUUCAUGGCUCAUUCAUCUCCAUUGAUCUCUUUACAAUGUCGAAAAACGAGCUACUUGUGAGCGCAAAAAACAUCAAAGUUCAAGUCAAGGAGCUAGAAAAAUAUGUUGGUGAAGCUGAGGCAGAACCAAAUUUUUGGUACUUGCCUUUUAAUACUCCUUGUUACAAGAAGUUGAUGGGUUCAUUCUCAAAUAUGGGUGAUCUCUUGCUUUUUGUGGCUAAUGCUAUUGGAUUCCUAGAAGAGCAAAUCCAAAGACUUGAUGUGAUUGGAAUCAAGGAUGAAUUGGAUAAGAUUAAUGGUGAUGUUAAACAUGUAGGAAAAAUUAUAGCCACUUUAAUGAAAUCCUUUCAAGAGACUACUUCUGUUAAGUCAUUGUUAGUACUUGAAAAGGACUUCACUAAAAGUGGCAAAACAUUUGAUCUUGAGUUGGGAAAAUCGACGAAUUUCGCCUUGAUGAUUGUGGAAGAUAAAGAUGUGGAGAAGAUCAUAAGCUUGUACCUAGAGCAUUUGAAGGAUGUAUUUGAUAAAAUUCAGUUUCCAGAGGAUGAGGAAGAGAUGAAGAGUCAGAUUGUUAUGAGUUUUAGUGCAAUUGGAUUUUGCUUAAGUUGUUUGAUGAGGGAAACAAAAGAGAUUGAGAAAGGAAUCAAGGAACUUGUUCAGUGGGAAAAUCCCACAAGUCAUGUAAAUCUUCAUGAAAUAUCAUGUAAAAUUCAUGCAUUAUACGAUUAAAUUUUACUAGAGAAAACUUUCCAAAUCAUGAAAUAAUGAAAGACUGAUUAUUAUUGAUAUUGAAGUACAUUCAUAUUUAUCUUUAUUCAA